UAGACGUUUGUAACCGUUAACGAGGCGUGGUGGACAAGGAGUUCCAAGCCUCUCCACGCUUGGGGGACCCACGUCGCUCGUCUAGCGUGCUAACCCCGCCUAAACCUGGUAGGACCAACUGCCUAUAAGGACUCCCCCGCAAAGGCGUAUUCUGUCUCUUCACCACCGACACUACCAGUGUUAUCACAUAUACUUGAAUGGGUGAAACUGUGCUACUUGCCGUCGAGGAGACUUCUCCUAACGUCGAUGAACCCCCUAUAUGUGGUAGUAAGGAUCCGCAUACUGCACCCAACCAAAGGCAACUCCAGCCGAACCCUACCGAUGGCGACACUUCGCCCACACUCCACGCUCCGCAUACCCUCACCUCCGAGGAAGUUGCACAGAAACUACGAGUGGACAUCCACCAUGGACUCCCUCACUCUGAAGCGCAAUCUCGCCUCCAGCUCUAUGGCCCUAACAAGGUUAAGGGAGCUGAAGGGCUUUCCAUGUGGAAAAUUCUGUUAAGACAGAUCUCGAACAGUCUCACCUUCGUCCUCAUCAUUGUCAUGGCCAUAAGCUUUGGCAUAGACGAUUAUAUCGAAGGCGGCGUCAUCACCGCAGUUAUCCUCCUGAACAUCGUUGUCGGUUUCUGGCAGGACUAUCGAGCCGAGAAGACUAUCGAAUCUCUCAAAAAGCUUACCGCGCCUGAGGCUACCGUCACCCGAGACGGAACGGCGGACAUCAAGGUCAAGGCAGUGGACCUCGUCCCUGGUGACCUCGUACAGUUGUCCGUUGGUAGUAUCGUACCCGCAGAUAUUCGCCUCAUCGACGGUGUCAACGCUUACACCAACGAAGCUUUCCUGACAGGAGAGUCUGCACCUGUGGAGAAGACACCAUGGAAGACCUUCGAUGAGCUAGACCUUGCCACUGGUGACCAGACCAACCUUGCCUUCUCCGGUAGUGAGGUGACAUCUGGACGUUGCCAUGGUAUCGUAGUCGCAACUGGCAUGAACACUGAAGUCGGAAAAAUCGCCACUAUGCUUCGCCAAAAGAAAGACGCUGGCCCACAAUCUGCCAACAUCUUUGUCAGAAUCUUCAAGCGUUUCACGAACGGCGGUAAGACAAUUCUAGGCCUUGUUGGAACUCCACUCCAGAUCACGUUGAGCAAGUUCGCUCUCCUACUCUUUGGUCUUGCCAUCCUACUUGCCAUCAUUGUCUUUUCUGCAAGCAAAUGGCAGGUUGGCGGAGAAGUCCUGAUCUAUGGUAUCUGUGUUGCUGUAGCUGUCAUUCCCGAAUCCCUCAUUGCAGUCCUCACCAUUACGAUCGCCGUUGGCGGCAAAGCCAUGGCCAAAGCAAACGUCAUUACUAGGGUCCAGUCGGCCAUUGAGGCUGUUGGUGGUGUCACAAACAUCUGCUCUGACAAGACCGGUACUCUUACCCAAGGUCGCAUGGUCGCAAAGACGGCCCUAAUGCAUGGCGCUGGCACAUUCACCAUCGACGCUAUUACAGACCCACACAACCCUUGUAGCGGAAACGUCGCACUAGAUGACCAGCUCCUCAACUUGGAUGAGUACAGGCCGAAUACUGUUGUUACUCGCUUUCUGCGUACCAUCGCUCUUUGCAACAACUCCAAGGUCAUACCACCAUCUGAGACCCACGUCGACUCUCCAAGCGAGAAGAAGGCUGCAGCUCUAGAUCAGUCAGUCAGUGGUGACGAUCGCGACACCGAUGCCUCCACUAUCGAUACCAUCUCACGACCGCCCACUGCCAUCAUGCAAGACAUAUCUGAUGGACCUUGGGUAGCGCACGGUGAGCCAACCGAAGUCGCAUUGCAUGUUCUCGCUUCCCGUUUCAACAUGGGCAAGGAGAGACUUCUCUCCACUCUCAACAUCCAUCUCGCUACCGAGUUUUCUUUCGACUCCAAGGUCAAGAAGAUGACUGUCGUUUACAAGGACAACCAUCAGGGUUUCAUGGAUGUCUACACCAAGGGAGCAACAGAGUUCAUGAUGCCUGCACUAAACGUCUCGGACCAGGAACGCACUGAGAUUCUGGAAGCCGCUGAAAGAAUGGCAAACCAAGGCCUCCGCGUCCUGUGUAUCGCUCACAAGACACUACAAGCCGGCACUGACAUCUCGGAACGUGAUGUCAUCGAGGCUAAUCUCAACUAUCUCGGUCUUGUCGCUAUCUAUGAUCCACCUCGUCUGGAGACCAAAGGUGCUGUCCGCGAGUGUAAAAUUGCUGGCAUCACUGUUCACAUGCUCACUGGUGACCAUCCUGGUACGGCGAGAGCCAUUGCUAAGGAUGUGGAUAUCAUUGAUGAUCGUACCCCUGCUUCAGCCGUCAUGGUCGCUAAAGACUUUGACAGGAUGACUGAAGACGAGGUGGACGCUAUGGAGACUUUGCCUCUUGUCAUUGCUAGGUGUAGUCCGACUACCAAGGUCAAGAUGGUACAGGCUCUCCACAGGAGGGGUCGCUUCUGUGUCAUGACUGGAGAUGGUGUCAACGACUCACCUGCGCUCAAGCAGGCUAACGUCGGUAUGGCUAUGGGUACUGGUAGUGACGUCGCCAAAGACGCCGCUGAGAUGGUUCUCACCGACGACAACUUCGCAUCUAUCGUAAAGGCGGUCGAAGAAGGUCGACGUCUGUUCGAUAACAUCCAAAAGUUCUUGAUGCAUCUGCUCAUCUCGAAUAUCGCUCAAGUCAUCCUACUCCUUAUUGGUCUCGCUUUCAAGGAUCAAGACAAUCACUCCGUCUUCCCGCUGUCCCCCAUCGAGAUUCUCUGGGUCAACCUCAUUACUUCUUCCUUCCUCGCCAUCGGUCUCGGUCUCGAAGAGUCACAGGAAGACAGCAUGUACCGACCACCGCACGACAACAAAAAGGGUGUCUUCUCAGCCGAGUUGAUCACGGACAAGUUUAUCUACGGCUUCUUCAUGGGAGCCCUUUGUCUCUUCUCCUUCGCCAUUGUCGCAUAUGUCGGCCCUGGCGGAGGUAACCUUGGCUCUGGAUGUAACGAGGGAUACAACGACACAUGCGACGUGGUAUUCCGUGCUCGCGCCACCACCUACGCUACCAUUACCCUCCUUCUCCUUGUCACGGCCUGGGAAGUCAAACACUUCGCUCGCUCCCUCUUUAAUAUGUACCCCAAUACUCCCUCAUCAGCACCACCCGGCCUUUCCGUCUUUUCUACUGUCUGGCGCAAUCGCUUCCUCUUCUUCGCUGUUAUGGCCGGAUUGGUCGUCGUGUUCCCCAUUGUUUACAUUCCUAUCAUCAACGAGAAGGUGUUCAAGCAUGGUGCCAUCACCUGGGAGUGGGGCGUUGCAUUCGGUUGUGUCGUCAUCUACAUCAGCGCAAUCGAGAGCUGGAAGGCUAUCAAGCGCAGUUUUGGUAUCUGGAGCGGUGCGCACCGCGUCAUUAGCCGCGAGGAUGCCGAGGCCCGUGCCGGACUGAACGGCGGUGUUGCUGUUCGCGAAAAGUAAGAAAGGAUCGAAUUUGAUUGGUGGUGGAUGGAACAAAUUGUCACACUUUAGGAUGUAGAUAGAGGCGGGAUAGUU